GCCCAUCACGGCAGCAGGGCAGAAGCAGAAGCAGUAGCAGUAGCGGUACCGGUGCCGGUGCCCCCCAAUUCCUUCCUCCCUCCGCGACCAUGCCGCACGGUCUUCUGAGCGGCCAUAUACUGUACAGUGCAGAUCGCUUCUCGCAGAUUGGCCCGCCCAUGCAUGCUAGUAACGUUGUUCACGCACCCCGGCGCGCCGCUGUAGCUACCUAGUUAAAUUGCUGCUGCCUCAGCUGCUCUGCUUUCGACCUCUUCAGCAACCCUUCUUCCUCUUCCUCGUAGCUGAUUCCGGUGCCCAGUAAAUAAAUAAAAUAUGAGGAGAUGAAGAGCUGAGGACGUAGCACGUCUUGGUUUCUCGGAUCACGCGCGCGUGGAGCCCGAGGAAGAAGAGGAGGGAAGGAGGAGUGCUAGCUAGCUGAAGCUUCGUACUACUGACGAUGGCUUCCAAAGGUGCAGGAGGCGGCGGCGGCCAUGAGGAGCCUCCUCAGCGGCCGAAGCAGCAGCUGCCGCGCGACUCCCGUGGCUCGCUCGAGGUCUUCAACCCCUCCGCCGCCGCGGCCGAGCCGCCCGCCGCGUUCCGCCCCGCCGCCACCGCCUCGCCGUUCAGGCAGGACGACGACAACAUCGAGGAUGUGGACAGGGCGACGCAGCGGGCGGCGGAGUGGGGCCUCGUGCUCCAGACCAACGAGCAGACGGGCCGGCCGCAGGGCGUCUCCGCCCGCAGCUCCGGGGCCGGCUCCGCCCGCAGCAGCUCCGACGACAAGGCCGUCGCCGGCGGCGGCAUCCCCCGGGUGUCGGAGGAGCUCCGGGCGGCGCUCUCGGCGUUCCAGCAGACCUUCGUCGUGUCGGACGCCAGCCGCCCCGGCCACCCCAUCAUGUACGCCAGCGCCGGCUUCUUCAACAUGACCGGCUACACCUCCAAGGAGGUCGUCGGAAGGAACUGCCGCUUCCUCCAGGGCUCCGGCACCGACCCGGCGGAGAUCGCAAAGAUCAGGCAGGCUCUAGCCGACGGAUCAAACUACUGCGGCCGUGUCCUCAACUACAAGAAGGAUGGCACGGCAUUCUGGAACCUGCUGACCAUUGCCCCCAUCAAGGAUGAGGAUGGCAGGGUCCUCAAGUUCAUAGGGAUGCAAGUGGAAGUGAGUAAAUACACUGAAGGGAACAAGGACACUGUUGUUCGUCCAAAUGGACUGCCAGAGUCACUCAUCAAAUAUGAUGCUAGGCAGAAGGAUCAGGCCCGUAGCUCGGUGUCUGAGCUUCUGUUGGCUCUCAAGAACCCGCGGUCAUUGUCAGAAUCAAGUAAUAGCACCUUCAAAAGAAAAUCACAGGAAUCAGUAGGCGUGUUAACAGGUGAUGGUACUGGCAAGAGAAGCUCAGAGAGUGGAUCUCGACGUACCUCACGUACUGGAGCAAGAAGCUCACUGCAGAAGAUCAGCGAAGUACCUGAAGGAGGCAAUAAAGCUAGAAAAUCGGGUCUGUUUUCACUUAUGGGUUUACUUGGUAUGGGCCAUGGAAAUGUAGAAAAGAACAUGCUGAAACCAAGAGAUGAAGAUCCGCUACUUGACAGUGAUGAUGAAAGACCUGAGAGCUUUGAUGACGAGCUAAGGAGGAAAGAAAUGAGAAGGGGUAUAGACUUGGCUACUACACUUGAACGUAUCGAGAAGAACUUUGUCAUUACUGACCCAAGAUUGCCAGAUAAUCCUAUUAUAUUUGCAUCCGAUAGUUUCUUGCAAUUGACUGAAUACAGCCGUGAAGAAAUAUUGGGAAGAAACUGCAGGUUUCUCCAAGGUCCUGAAACUGACCGUGCUACAGUGAGGAAAAUUAGAGAUGCCAUAGAUAACCAAACAGAGGUCACUGUUCAGCUGAUUAAUUAUACAAAGAGUGGUAAAAAAUUCUGGAACCUGUUUCACUUGCAGCCUAUGCGUGAUCAGAAGGGAGAUGUCCAGUAUUUUAUUGGGGUUCAGUUGGAUGGAACUGAGCAUGUCCGAGAUGCUGCCGAAAAAGAGGGUGUCAUGCUGAUUAAGAAAACUGCAGAAAAUAUUGAUGAGGCUGCAAAAGAACUUCCAGAUGCUAAUUUGAGGCCGGAGGACUUAUGGGCCAACCACUCAAAAGUAGUUUUGCCAAAGCCACAUAUGAAGGAUUCUGCAUCAUGGAGAGCUAUCCAAAAAGUUCGUGAGGGUGGAGAAAACAUUGAUCUGAAACAUUUCAGGCCUGUAAAACCUUUGGGGUCUGGUGACACUGGAAGUGUGCACUUGGUGGAGCUGCUAAAGACAGGUGAAUACUUUGCCAUGAAAGCGAUGGAUAAAAAUGUCAUGCUUAACCGCAAUAAGGUCCAUAGGGCUACUGCUGAACGACAAAUCCUUGAUAUGUUGGACCAUCCAUUCCUUCCAACAUUGUAUGCAUCAUUUCAGACGAAGACACAUAUAUGUCUUAUUACAGAUUACUACCCUGGUGGGGAGCUCUUUCUGCUCCUAGAUAGGCAACCUCAGAAGGUUUUACGGGAAGAUGCAGUCAGGUUCUAUGCAGCUGAAGUUGUCAUUGCACUUGAAUACUUGCAUUGUCAAGGUAUAAUCUACCGAGAUUUGAAGCCAGAGAAUAUCUUACUUCAUAGAGACGGGCACAUAUCCCUGACAGACUUUGAUUUGUCUUGCCUGACAUCUUGCAGACCGCAGGUCUUUCUUCCAGAAGAAGCUAAUAAGAAAAGUAGGAGGAAAAGCAGGAGUUCACCCAUAUUUUUUGCGGAACCGAUGCGAGCAUCCAAUUCAUUUGUUGGUACAGAAGAGUACAUUGCACCUGAGAUUAUUACCGGAGCUGGCCAUACAAGUGCUGUUGAUUGGUGGGCGCUAGGGAUUCUUCUGUAUGAAAUGCUGUAUGGUUACACACCCUUCAGAGGUAAAACCAGGCAAAGGACAUUUGCCAACAUCCUACACAAGGACAUCAGAUUCCCCGCAAGUAUAUCGGUGAGCCUCCCAGCUAGGCAGCUGAUCUACAGGUUGCUGCACAGGGAUCCCGCGAAUAGAAUGGGAUCGUAUGAGGGGUCGAACGAGAUAAAACAACACCCGUUCUUCCGCGGCAUCAACUGGGCUCUUGUGCGCGGCACGGCUCCUCCGAAGCUGGACGCUCCACUGUUUUCCAAGGACGUGGGCAAGGGAAUGGGCGAUGCUGCCGCCGCCGAUAAUGGCACCGACAUGUUCUGAACGAAGAAGGUGGAUGGAAAGACAUGCCAAAGAUGUAGUAUCUCGGCCGUGCUCGCUCAAUCAUGGGUCGUGUGUUGUUGGUUGUUGCUGGCUGUUUUCUUUUUCUGUUCGUACUCGUAGUUAGGACGGUAGGAGAUGGAAUAAGCGCUGGAGUUGUUGAGCGCAGUGGAGUAAUCUUGUAUCGGGAUCAUAUUAAAUAAGCAAUUAAGAUGCAUCGUCUUCCAAAA